AUGGCAUCCCCCACUGCUCCUUCCGAGGCUGCCGGGGGCAGCUCUGUGGUUGGCCCGCCUCCAGUCUUGUGCAUUUUCCCUUACCGCGACCCCAACUUGCCCCUUACUCGCCGCCACAAAAUCAUCCUCAUGAAGCGGAGAGUGCGGCUGCAGCAGGAGGCGCUUCUGCUAGACCGACAGAGAAAGGAACCAGCGGCUGGAUCGGCAAACAGCUCGGGACAAGACGCCACAGCCAAGGGGGAUACCCAGAAGCUGUACCUCGCUUCUCCGCUCACCGGCUUUGAAGUAAACUGGAUCAUGGACGACGCAAACCUCGAGAGAUUUCUGCAGGCUCGCGAGUGGCACGUGGCAAAGGCCUUUGGGUUGUUGAUGGAGACAGUCAAGUUUCGGCGCGAGUGCAGGCCCGAGCGCGUGAAACCGAAGGAGGUGAUGCAGGCGAACCAGGCGGGCAUCAUGUACCGCAGGGGAUACGAUAAGAAGGGACACCCUAUUCUGUACAUGAGGCCAGGACAGAACAAACUCGACGCCGACCCGGACAGCUCCAUCAAACUCCUCGUGUACAUGCUGGAGCGCGCUGUGCAGUCCAUGAAGCGCCAGGAGGGAGUCAACGGAAUCACCUUCAUUGUCGAUUACAAUGGAUACACAAACGCGAACCAACCUCCCCUCGCGGUCGCUCUUCGCUUCGUGGACAUCUUCCAAAACUUCUACCCCGAAAGGCUGGCGGCGGCCUUCGUCAUCGACACUCCGUGGUACUUCUCUACUUUCUGGAACUGCUUGGUGCCGUUCUUGCCGAACCGAACAACGAGCAAGAUCCACUACUGCUCGACAAGCGACUCGAAGUCGCUUGAUCCUCUCUUUGAUCAGGUUCCCGUGGAAUGCAUCGAAUCGUGGAUUCCUGGCGGAAAGGCAACCGACGUCUACGAUCAUGGCACGUAUUGGGCUGCGGAGGCGAAGCAGUUUGAGACCUAUAUGAAAUUUCUGCAAGAAGAGUUUAUCGGGAAAACGCAGCAGCAGCGAAUGGCGGAGGCGCGCGCCUUCCAAGAGGCCCAGGCCGCAGGGAAGCAAGGCGACGAAGCCGUCGAGGCUGCGAAGGCGGCGGGGAAAGAAGACAAGAAGGGUGCGGGCGGAGCUGGCGUAAGGCGGGGCGACUCGGACACGUUGCUGGAGAAGGAAGAGGGGGAGGAGGACGUUCAGGACGAGGAGGACGAGGAGUCAAACGCAGAUCUCAAUGAAGACGAAGAGAAACGGCGGAUGCUGCAAGAAGCGCUCAAGAAAGAACAGGCGGGAAGUGUCCAGGCGUGA